AUGGGACCUCCCUGUAGUGAUCGGUGCAGGCUGAAGUGCUUCGAAAAGAUGGACGUCGACAAUAGGAAAAACAUAUUUAAACCCUAUUGGGAAAUGGGCGACCUACAAAGACAGCGUGCUUUUAUACUGUCUAGAAUGACACCUAUACAGCCAAAGUACAGGCAUGAGAAAGCUGAUAGCUGCCGCCGUCUCAACAAUGCCUUCUAUUUGGGAUCUGGAACUAAAGGAAGAAUUAGGGUCUGCAAGUAUUUGUUUAUGUCAGCCCUAGACAUAAGUUCCAGGAUAAUAUGA